AUGUCUUCUUCCGCUGGUCCAUUCCACCUACUCCCACAAGAUUGCUGGAAAGAAAUCCUCGAAUACCUCCCAGUAGAUGACCGAUCCAGAGUUUCAAAGACCUGCAGGGCCUUACGAGUUUCUGCUGAGCCUUACCUAUACCGAAAAAUCACCAUAAACUGGGAUACACCUCGCCUCCGUACACCACUCCAACUCUUGCGUACCUUCUUUGCAAGGCCGGAAUUAGCAAAUUUCGUACAUCAUGUGGCGUCCUUUCGGCAGUAUUAUGCAGAUCCUGAAUGGUUCGGCUGGCCGAGUCCAUGGCAUUUGCGGGAUUGGCCCCGAGAACAGACAGCGUUUAUCGAUGUGGUGGAUAAAACAAUCGACAUCAUCCAGCGGGCUCGGUUUCCUAAUACAGAUGAGUGGAUUCAGGCGGUCUACGAGGGGGAUUUCCAUGUCUUCUGGACGGUUUGUAUCUCCAAGCUCCACAAUUUGAGGACGCUUCGCUUGGAUUACUCCUUCGUUUGGCAAGGUGGGUAUCCUGGUCGAAUGGUGAGGCAUGCGCUUUUAGGCUCAAAUAACAUACUGCCGCGGUUUGAGGCGCUUGAGCUGGUUGAUUAUGGUGGGAAUGUGCCGCUUCCAGAGCCGUAUGGUCACCUACCAGAGGAGCUGGAGGAGACAGAAGGAUUUCCGUCCGUCUACAAUAAGGAACAAUUCACAGGGUGGUUUUAUUUACCAGCGCUUCAACAUCUGGCUAUCUGGCUGAGGGAGAUCACGGGGCUAAAAGAAGCAAAGUUCAAGUGUAACCUUGGAAACCUACGCACCCUGGUAUUGGCCCGGUCGACCAUUACAGAAGAAGAUGCCCUGUUUCUCCUAAGCCAGACAAAGACUCUCAGGAACCUCCACCUGGGUCUAGCAUAUUCAUGGCCCGACAAGAGUGUCCUUCAAAAAGGCGAACUCCUCGUCCAAGCACUAGGUUCAGUCAGCGAAACCGUAGAGAAACUGUCUGUUGGCCUUGACUGCUACCCCCGCGUCUAUGAAGAAUACGUCACUUUCGAGGAUUGCAAAGCGCUAUGCGUCCCAUUCAACGGUUUCUUAAAGAACUUCCCUCGUCUGCAAAGUGCCGAGCUCCCGAUCAUCAUGCUUCUGGGGUUCGAUCCAGGAGAUCAAAUUGACUUACGCUCCGUUCUGCCGGCGACGCUGCUCGAACUUGGGUUAAGAGAUGAUCUGGCUUUAUGUAUGGGUCGCUGGCACCAGUUAACCAUUUACGAGCGUGUGCAGCAUUUGCAUCCUACCUAUAAAGAAGCGACGCCGUUUCUGUCGCGUAUUUAUCAUCGUCUAUGGAGCGGCAUCGAUUUCGAAGAGAAGGAGUUACAGACUACCCGUACAGGGACUGAGAUUCGUGUGGACAUUGUGGCUGAUGAACUUGGCCCUGGUUUUGGGCCAUAUUCGUACUUUAAGUUGUAG